AUGAUGAUGGUGGUGAUGGUGAUGGCGGCAAUGAUGGUCGUGAUGGUGGUGAUGAUGGUGGUGAUGGUGGUGGUGAUGGUGAUGGCGACAGUUAUGGUGGUGAUGCUUGCUGGCACACUUUACCAGUGCAGAAGACUCGUCAUUGCCCGGCCUGACCGUGAGCAGCUGUGUAAGAACAGGAAGAACCACCCUCUUCUCCGCCAAUCUCCUGGUGGCUCCCUGGACCAGGUCUCUGAAGACUUGGGCAGCGAGAAGUUCUGCGUGGAUGCCAAUCAGGCCGGGGCUGGCAGCUGGCUCAAGUAUAUCCGUGUAGCGUGUUCCUGUGAUGACCAAAACCUCACCAUGUGUCAGAUCAACGAACAGAUUUACUAUAAAGUCAUCAAGGACAUCGAGCCUGGAGAAGAGCUGCUGGCGCACGUGAAAGAAGGUGCCUACUCCUUGGGUGUCGUGGCACCCAGCCUGGAUGAGGACCCCACUUUCCGCUGCGAGGAGUGCGAUGAGCUCUUCCAGUGCAAGCUGGACCUGAGGCGCCACAAGAAGUAUGCCUGCAGCUCUGCGGGGGCCCCGCUCUACGAGGGCCUCGGGGAGGACCUCAAGCCCGAGGGCCUUGGCCGGGGCAGCGAUGGGCAAGCUCAUGAAUGCAAGGACUGCGAGCGGAUGUUCCCCAACAAAUACAGCUUGGAGCAACACAUGAUCGUCCACACGGAGGAGCGGGAGUACAAAUGCGACCAGUGCCCCAAGGCCUUCAACUGGAAGUCCAACCUCAUCCGCCACCAGAUGUCUCACGACAGCGGCAAGCGUUUCGAAUGUGAAAACUGUGUCAAGGUGUUCACGGAUCCCAGCAACCUCCAGCGUCACAUCCGCUCACAGCACGUUGGUGCCCGGGCCCACGCCUGCCCCGACUGCGGCAAGACCUUUGCCACAUCCUCCGGCCUCAAACAGCACAAACAUAUCCACAGCACGGUGAAGCCAUUCAUAUGUGAGGUCUGCCACAAGUCCUACACGCAGUUCUCCAACCUGUGCCGGCACAAGCGGAUGCACGCUGACUGCCGAACUCAGAUCAAGUGCAAGGACUGUGGGCAAAUGUUCAGCACCACCUCCUCCCUCAACAAGCACCGGCGCUUCUGUGAGGGCAAGAACCAUUACACGCCGGGCAGCAUCUUCACCCCAGGCCUGCCCUUGACCCCCAGCCCCAUGAUGGACAAGACAAAACCCUCCCCCACCCUCAACCAUGGGGGGCUAGGCUUCAGUGAGUACUUCCCCUCCAGACCUCAUCCUGGGAGCCUACCCUUCUCAGCGGCCCCUCCAGCCUUCCCCACGCUCACUCCGGGAUUCCCAGGUAUCUUUCCUCCAUCCUUGUACCCACGACCGCCUCUGCUACCUCCCACGCCACUGCUCAAGAGCCCCCUGAACCACGCGCAGGACGCCAAGCUCCCCAGCCCGCUGGGAAACCCAGCCCUGCCUCUUGUCUCUGCGGUCAGCAACAGCAGCCAAGGUGCCACGGCGGCCACGGGGCCAGAGGAGAAAUUCGACGGCCGGUUGGAAGAUGCGUACGUCGAGAAGGUCAAAGCCAGGAGCCCUGACAUGUCAGAUGGCAGCGACUUUGAGGACAUCAACACCACGACGGGGACAGACCUGGACACCACCACGGGCACGGGCUCAGACCUGGACAGUGACGUGGACAGUGGCCGAGAAGACAAGGCCAAGGCCAAGUCAUCUGAAAGCAAACCUGAGUUUGGGGGUGGAUCAGUGCCCCCUGGGGCCAUGAACAGUGUGGCCGAGGUGCCGGCCUUCUACUCCCAACACUCCUUCUUCCCGCCACCCGAGGAGCAACUGCUGACGGCCUCGGGAGCCGCAGGUGACUCUAUCAAGGCCAUAGCAUCCAUCGCUGAGAAGUACUUCGGGCCUGGCUUCAUGAGCAUGCAGGAGAAGAAACUAGGCUCGCUGCCCUACCACUCUGUGUUCCCCUUCCAGUUUCUGCCCAACUUCCCCCACUCUCUCUACCCCUUCACGGACCGAGCCCUCGCCCAUAACUUGCUGGUCAAGGCUGAGCCAAAGUCACCCCGGGAUGCCCUCAAGGUGGGCGGCCCCAGUGCGGAGUGCCCCUUUGACCUCACCACCAAACCAAAAGAGGCCAAGCCUGCCCUGCUCACACCUAAGGUCCCCCUGGUCCCCUCAUCCAGUGAGGAGCAGCCGUUAGACUUGAGCAUCGGCAGCAGGGCCCGGGCGAGCCAGAACGGAGGCAGCCGUGAACCGCGGAAGAACCACGUCUACGGUGAACGGAAGCCAGGGAUUGGCGAGGGGCUGGCUAAGGUCUGCCCAGCACAGCUGCCCCAGCAGCCGUCCCUGCACUAUGCCAAGCCCUCGCCCUUCUUCAUGGAUCCCAUCUACAGCAGGGUAGAAAAGCGGAAGGUGACGGACCCUGUGGGAGUCCUGAAAGAAAAGUACCUGCGGCCGUCCCCACUACUGUUCCACCCCCAGAUGUCAGCCAUAGAAACCAUGACAGAGAAGCUGGAGAGCUUUGCAGCCAUGAAGGCCGACUCAGGCAGCUCCCUGCAGCCCCUGCCUCACCACCCCUUCAACUUCCGGUCCCCACCCCCGACGCUCUCGGAUCCCAUCCUCAGGAAGGGCAAGGAGAGAUACACGUGCAGGUACUGUGGCAAGAUCUUCCCCAGAUCUGCGAACCUCACAAGACAUCUGAGGACACAUACUGGGGAGCAGCCAUACAGGUGCAAGUACUGUGACCGGUCGUUCAGCAUCUCCUCCAACCUCCAGCGGCAUGUAAGGAACAUCCACAACAAAGAGAAGCCGUUCAAAUGCCACCUGUGCAACCGCUGCUUUGGGCAGCAGACCAACCUGGACCGGCAUCUGAAGAAACACGAGCAUGAAGGUGCACCAGUGAGCCAGCACUCUGGGGUUCUCACCAACCACCUGGGCACCAGCGCCUCCUCCCCCACCUCCGAGUCGGACAACCAUGCACUUUUAGAUGAGAAGGAAGAUUCCUACUUCUCCGAGAUCCGAAACUUCAUCGCCAACAGUGAGAUGAACCAGGCCUCUACUCGGAUGGACAAACGGCCUGAGAUUCAAGACCUGGACAGCAACCCCCCGUGUCCAGGCUCAGCCAGUGCAAAGCCGGAGGACGUAGAGGAGGAGGAAGAGGAGGAGCUGGAGGAAGAGGAUGAUGACAGCUUAGCCGGAAAGUCACAGGAGGACACAGUGUCCCCCACACCUGAGCCCCAAGGAGUCUAUGAGGACGAGGAGGAUGAGGAACCGCCCAACUCCCUAACCAUGGGCUUCGACCAUACCCGAAGGUGUGUUGAGGAGCGAGGAGGCGGUGUGUUAGCUUUGGAGCCGACGCCGACCUUUGGGAAGGGGCUGGAUCUCCGCAGAGCAGCUGAGGAAGCAUUUGAAGUUAAGGAUGUGCUUAAUUCCACCUUAGAUUCUGAGGCUUUAAAACAAACCCUGUACAGGCAGGCUAAGAACCAGAGCUCACUGGAUGCUUGGUUAAACAUCACGGGAGCCUCGUCAGAGUCUGGAGCCUUUAACCCCAUCAACCACCUCUGAGGUCCUGGAGGCCCCAGGGCCAGAGUCCAAAGCCAGGGUCCCAGCUGUGGGAGAUGGAGAAGGGGCCGAGGGAAGCACCUUGACACCUUCAAUUUGCCUCACCUCCGCUUCCAGCC